CACGUCGCCGAGAAGGCUGCUGAGCGAUUUGAGGCGCAAACGAUCGAACUUUCCAAUAAGGUUGAGGACCUCAACAGACACGAGGUUCACGAUCAGAAGGUGCAGCUCGACAACCUGCAGCAUGUCAAGUACACUCUUGCCCAACAGCUUGAGGAAGCCAGACGCCGUUUGGAGGAUGCCGAGCGGGAACGCUCACAGCUCCAGUCUCAGUUGCAUCAAGUGCAGCUUGAGCUCGACUCAGUCCGUCAAGCUCUUGAUGAAGAGUCUGUGGCUCGUUCUGAUGCUGAACAUAAACUGAACUUGGCAAACACAGAAAUUACUCAGUGGAAGAGCAAAUUCGAUGCUGAGGUUGCUCUCCACCACGAGGAAGUCGAAGACCUGCGCAAGAAGAUGCUGCAGAAACAGGCCGAGUAUGAGGAGCAGAUCGAGAUCAUGCUCCAGAAGAUCAGUCAGCUUGAGAAGGCCAAGAGUCGUCUGCAGUCUGAGGUUGAAGUGCUCAUCGUUGACCUUGAAAAGGCUCAGAACACUAUUGCCAUCCUCGAAAGAGCCAAGGAACAACUUGAGAAGCAAUGUGCCGAACUGAAGGUUCGCAUCGACGAAUUGACCGUGGAGCUGGAGGCUGUACAACGCGAACUUCGCGCAGCCAACGCCGAACUGCAAAAGAUGAAACAUCUCUACGAAAAGGCCGUCGAACAGAAGGAAGCUCUCGCCAGAGAGAACAAGAAGCUCCACGACGAGCUCCACGAGGCUAAGGAGGCUCUUGCCGAUGCCAACCGCAAACUGCACGAGCUGGAUCUGGAAAAUGCCCGUCUCGCUGGCGAAAUUCGCGAACUUCAAACCGCCCUCAAGGAAGCCGAUGCUCAACGCCGCGAUGCCGAGAACCGUGCUCAGCGUGCCCUUGCCGAACUCCAGGCCCUGCGCAUCGAAAUGGAACGCAGACUUCAAGAGAAGGAGGAAGAAAUGGAAGCUCUUCGCAAGAACAUGCAGUUCGAGAUCGACCGCUUGACCGCCGCUUUGGCUGAUGCCGAGGCCCGCAUGAAGGCGGAGAUCUCUCGACUGAAGAAGAAGUACCAAGCCGAAAUUGCCGAACUCGAGAUGACCGUCGACAACCUGAACCGUGCCAACAUCGAAGCCCAGAAGACCAUCAAGAAACAAUCCGAACAGCUCAAGAUUCUCCAGGCAUCCCUCGAAGAUACUCAGCGUCAACUUCAGCAAGUACUCGACCAAUACGCUUUGGCUCAACGAAAGGUCGCUGCCCUUUCGGCUGAACUCGAGGAGGCAAAGACCGCUCUCGAUAACGCUAUUCGUGCUCGUAAACAGGCCGAGAUUGAUCUUGAAGAGGCUAAUGGACGUAUUGCCGAUCUGUCCGCCAUCAACAACAACCUCACCUCAAUCAAGAACAAACUCGAAACUGAGCUCUCCACUGCCCAAGCCGAUCUCGAUGAGGAGACCCAGAAUGCCCUUCGCAAGAAGGACCGCCGCAUCAAGGAAGUCCAGCAGUUGGUGGACGAAGAGCACAAGAACUUCGUCAUGGCUCAGGAUACCGCCGACCGUCUCCAGGAGAAGUUGAACAUCCAGAAGAGGCAACUUGCCGAGGCCGAGUCCGUUACGAUGGCCAACCUGCAGAGAGUGAGACGAUACCAGCACGAGCUCGAAGAUGCCGAAGGCCGUGCCGAUCAGGCCGAAUCCAGCCUGCACCUGAUCCGCGCCAAGCACCGCUCAUCUGUUGUUACCGGAAAGGCCGGAGCUAGCAAGGUCACCAAGGAACUGCACGCUGCCGAUGAGCGCGCCAACCGCGCUUUGGCUGACGCUGCUCGCGCUGUUGAACAAUUGCACGAGGAACAGGAACAUUCCAUGAAGAUCGACGCCCUCCGCAAGUCUCUCGAGGAACAGGUGAAGCAACUCCAAGUCCAGAUCCAGGAAGCCGAAGCAGCCGCUCUUCUCGGUGGAAAGCGUGUCAUUGCCAAGCUCGAAACCCGUAUUCGAGACCUCGAGACCGCUCUGGAUGAGGAGACCCGCAGACACAAGGAGACCCAGAAUGCCCUUCGCAAGAAGGACCGCCGCAUCAAGGAAGUCCAGCAGUUGGUGGACGAAGAGCACAAGAACUUCGUCAUGGCUCAGGAUACCGCCGACCGUCUCCAGGAGAAGUUGAACAUCCAGAAGAGGCAACUUGCCGAGGCCGAGUCCGUUACGAUGGCCAACCUGCAGAGAGUGAGACGAUACCAGCACGAGCUCGAAGAUGCCGAAGGCCGUGCCGAUCAGGCCGAAUCCAGCCUGCACCUGAUCCGCGCCAAGCACCGCUCAUCUGUUGUUACCGGAAAGGCCGGAGCUAGCAAGGUUUACGUGAUGGAGGACGACUUCUAA